AGCGAAGAGGUUUUCAGAGAUGAUUUUGGUGACGAUCAUGGCGGAGCUAAUGGAGGAGUACACGGUGCUCCUUGCUAGGGUCUUGGAGCAUCUCUUCCUCGAAGCCCCCUUCCCAAGAUGGAUGGGCUUUCUCAUACUCAGUAAUCUUCCUUAUGCUUUCGCCACCACUACCACUCCAAGGACGAUUUGA